AUGAUUUUUAUGGCAUAUCUUUCCAUCUUUUUCGUUCAACGAGUCCUCUGGCAUCCGAUGGCGCUUUGGCAGACUACAAAAAUCCGAUCUCUCUUGGAAUCUAUGGGUCAAUUGGGACUUCUGGAUUCUCCGUCAAUAUUUGGCCCCCAGUUUUACAUCCUUUCGAUCGGCUCUGUCGUCAGUGCCUGGACUAUGGUUUCCGUCAUGUCGAAGGAUUUAGAUAAUCUGUUUGAAGAUUCGUCAGAUUUUAGGGGAUACAAGUAUCUCCCGCUAAACUUGCUUGUACAAGGCACUGGAACACCGAUCGCCGCCGAAAUAUUUACCCAUGCGGCUAACGUCCUUUGUGAAAUAGUAUUUACCGUUUUCAUCUCCCUUUUCAUAUAUUUUCAUCGCGCUGUACGAAAAUCUCUCACCCAGUUGGACCUCCAUCUGGAGAACGAACACCCGCUAAUGUGUCACUAUUGUGGCGGGAUAAAAGCGUUUGGUGGCCAUAAUUUUUUGACACCGUUAACUAAAAUGGGGCAUCUGAUGAAAAUUUUGGCGAAAGCAAACUCGUUGGGGGAUCAGUUUAUUUUUGUUUUUGGAACGAUGUCCAUACUUAUUUUAAUAACGUCCGUGCACGUCUUGCUCGUCACAGUGUACAGAGUAAGCAAUUCUGCAGCUGGAGAUGGUCAAGCAAUUAAGCAGACGAUGGCAAUGGUUGUGAUUGUCUUGUUUGGAGUUUUGAAGAUGGUCGUGAUCAUUGAGGUUGGUCAGGAUAUCAAGAAUAAGCGUGACAAGAUUAGCGCAACUUUGUCCUACCUGGGAACCACUGGAGGUAAACAGUCUACCUAUGAUCCCUCGGUUUGUCCCCUUGUUUUGGAAUUACGACAACUUAUGGGUCUCGAAAAAUUCGAAAUUUGUCCUUCGAACUUUUUCACAUUGGACAGAAGACUAAUUGCAACGAUGAUAAGCACGGUGGUCACCUUUGUGAUCGUGAUUGCACAAAUGAAAGAAUCGGAAAGGAACGGGUGACUAAAGAUUGUAGCACAUAAUACAAUAUGAAUUUGUGUAAUAGAAUAGCAUAGUCGUUGUAGAAUAUUAUUUGCAUAACUUCAUGUAAAAUAAAAAUAAGUUCUUAAUAAAG